CUUCAUCACAUACUACCGCCUGCUCAGCGCUCUUUCCAUGAUGGCGCCUGCUGAAUCUUCAAAUGACGGUGGCAGGCAUCUCGAUCUCUUGACUACUCUCCCAGACAUUGUUUUGAACCACAUUCUCUGCCUUGUUUUCGACUACACGAACCAAUGCACUAUCAACGCGAUCAUGAUCAACCGGCGCGUUUUUUCAUUGGCAAAACCCAUAUUCCUGUCGACGAUCGUCUUACACUCGGAGCUUUCUGUCUUGCACCUCAUGCACCAUUGCAUUUCCCCGAAUCAGGCGACUCUUACAGCUGCCGAUAGGGAACACGUCAAGUGCAUAGAAAUCAAUUUCUUACCAUCAUCUCAACGCCAGACCCUUCCAGCACCCAGCGUGCUCAGUGCUGCUACCGCUUUUCCAAACCUUCGCACCCUGAGGUUUCGUUUCAACGCUGGGGUCCCACUGUUGUCGAGCAUACCUACUCCAGAGCUUUACCGGCAACUUGCCGCGGAUACAGCCGCACACGCCCGCUGGCUAAGGGUGGACUCGCCGUUAUUCGAUCUCUUAUCGAGCCUCAAGCCACAGCAUUUCGAAUGGAUCUCUGAAGUUCCUUCCGGUCAAUCCAAGUCAGGCUUACGCAGGGAAGGAUCCGCAAAAUCAGCGGUCCGACCUAUUCGUGUUCUUGCUUUCCGUGGUGCUUUCCGAGCUCUUAUCAAGCGCUGGGACAGUCUUACGCAUGUGGAUCUGGAUGGUAUCUGCCUGCUCGCUAAACACUGCACAUCGACCUUUCACCUCGCUCUCCUCGCAAAGCACAUGCGCAUCAACGUGAACUCUUAUCGGGACACCCUUUGUCUCUUUGCUUCAGUUCCCCAUAUGCUUUCGGGAUCUCACAAGUGCGAGAGUCUGGUGGUUGACGGUCCCGGAGCGAAGCAAGAGCUGGCAUAUGUCUACAAUGCUGUCCUCAGGCCUGGAACCUCGCUUACUUUCCGCGGCUUCACUUCCUCUCAGUGCGCGUUGUUCAAGUACACAUUUCUCAGCGUGGACGACCAGCGAUUUUUCGGGCCGGUACCGCCAGAACAAGUUUUCCGAUUCUUCAGGACCGGGGUCCGUGAGCUACGGCCCCGGGAGAUUUCUCGGAAAACGUCACCCAUGACAGCAAGUGUCAUCCGCCCUUCGGCAACCGUCCCGACUCGUGACAAGGCUACUACUGGCCCGCCUACGUCCGGAGAGGGGGAAACACCCCCUACUCUCACUUCUAUCUUAUCAACAGUUGACUGUCCCACCUACAUCAUUUGCUUCAUCGCUAUCCCGAUCACCAUUUGCUGCACCAUCUUGUUUUUGAUGAUAUUACCUGUUGUCGACUAUCUUAAAGGCCGUCGCGGUGCUGCCUCCACUACGACUACCUCUGUGGCUACCUCUGCGUCUACCGCACCUCAGGACAAAUUCCGGUCCCGAGGCCUGAAUCUAUACACAGAAAGCAGGUAACUCACCUAUCGGAGUUGUCGCAGUGAGUAUAUGAUGAACAUUGAUCGUUUUUUUUUCUUUCUAUGUAGAUCUUCCUUGAAUAUUUCGCUGUAAGAGUAGAUUUGUAAUUUU